AUGGAGACUAACAAAGUCAAUACCGCCACUAAAAGGGUAAGUCUAUCUGAAGGAACCUUUCGAAUCUUUGCUAAAUCUGUAAGGGAUGUGACUUCAAAUAAAUUAAAGAAAGACAGAAGUGGGUCCACAUCUACGACUUCAUCUUCCAACGAAAGCAGUCCAAAUAAAGACAGCCCUUUUUUGGAAGGAAAGAAAUCGUCAGGAACGAAAAUGUCGGACGAAAGCGUAAUUGAAACUCCAGAAAAGAGGAAAACCCCAGAAAGUUUGAGUCCAACAAAAUCACAUUCACCAGCUAAAAUCAACAGAAUAGAUUCACAACAGAAGACUCUAAAAUCUAAGAGAUCCAUUGGCAUUGAACUUGAAAAUUUGAAAGAAAAUUGUCCUGCAAAUGAUCUUAGCUUAGAAGAUCAUGAAUCAUUACUGGUACCAAAAAAUGGUGGAAAAGAUAAAAACAGCAGGGUAGAUGAACUGGCAACGAAGAAUAAUGUGGACACACCUGAGACCACCAAGGAUGUUAAAACUGAUGAACCAAAGACCACCAAUGUUAUGAUGAAGAACCAACAUCAGCAUUAUAAACCCAACAGACACAAAAAUCCAGACCAUCUUCAACCAUGUCGAAUCAACAGAAACCAAUAUCCAGACCAUCACCAACCACGUCGCCAUGACUCUCAUUAUAGCAUGGAUCAAAGAACUCAUGGUAGACUCAAUCAAUGUUUUGACAAUGAACGGAGACAUAGUCACCCAGACAGAAAUCAACCACCAAGAUUUAGAGCCGAGAGAUUUUCCAGACCUAGAGAAACCAAAAAAGAAAAUAAAUCUAAAAAUGAAGAAGAUUGGAAUGAGGAUUUACUGGACGUUGAAGAAAAACUGGAUGAUCCGAAAUCAGCAAAGGUUUUUAGCACAUCUCUGCCCAAUGAAAAUACAUGGGAAGCUUCAUCUGCAGCUCUGAAUUCUUCCUGCCCAGAACUAGAUCAAGACACAAAGGUACCAAUUUCUCUUUCAGACAUUGACAAAACAAAAGAAAUAGUUAGCGUUUACUUACAAGGGAAUAAGAAUUGUGAUUCAAGCAACAUUCAUUCUAAACAUCCUGAACAACCAGGUUUUGAAUCAAGCAAAGGAGAAGUAGAAGACAACUUAGAUCACGGGCAUGAUCUUGCUGCUCCUGAGGCAAAAAACAAAACCAAUGAACUCUCAGACCUUACUGACAAAAUUGCUUUGGACUUGAAGGAGAUUGCCAGAAAUUUAGUUCAAAAUAACAAAGAUAGCAACGAAGAUUCUCAAGUAGUAACUGAAAGUCCUGAGUUAAAUGAACACUCUGGUUCCAUACCAGAAGAUUAUAAUGCUUACCCUUCUGAUGCUGUUAGUUCAAAUAUUGCUCAAGCACCACCAGGAAAGGAGACUUUCAAAGAUGGUCUGAUAGUAAAAGUCCCACAAAUGACUGAAAGAUUUGAUGCUGUUGAUAACACUGAAGAUUGGUCAGAUGAAUUGACUGAAGUGCCAACACCUGGAAAAGUUGUUCAGGAAGUUCAUGAUGAAAUGACUGACAUACAUAAACCUCAACCUUCUAAUCAGCACAAUGGCUCAGCAAAAUGUUCAGAUACAGUUAAUGAUUUUGUGGAUUGUAUGUCAGACCUUCAAGGUUCAAGCAAGAGUAAAUUGGAGUCUGAGUUAAAUUGGGCUGAGGGAUGGACUGGCUCAAAUCUGGACACCAGCUCAGCUGAUGCGAAAGGUAUUUCUAUUGAGGGUGCCACCCAGGAAAUUUCAAAUAGUCCUGAUGCUGGUGAAAAAGCAGCUUUGUUACCCCAGUCUUGCUUAAAAUUUGCAGAAAAUUUAGAGAAGUCAGUGCCAAGGGCAGAUAACAACCAAGCAGAAGGUUUGAGAAAUUUUGAAAGCAAAGAUUUGAUUGCCAAUACUGAAGAUGUUUUACCAGAAACCAAUUCCAAUCAACCUAUUAUAUCUUUACAGGAUGGUAUUCCCAGGAUGAAAGCAAUCUUUGCUCGUGGAGGAAUUCGACCGAGUCACAGUUCAAGAGGAGCUCAUAGUUAUAACUAUACAGAGAGAGGCAGCACUGCAUUGAAUAAAGAUAUAAUCAAACCACAUCCUUUAAUGUCAUUCGAGUUAGAAGGAAGUUGGGAAAAAGUUUUGGAAAAUAACACCGUUGAACUGGAUGAAGAGGAGGUCUUUGACAGCGAAAUUAAUACUCCUCAAAAUGUUGAACAACCCUCACCAGUGACAGACACCUCAAAAGACCCAAAUAACAAUCUUAAAGGUACCUCUGAUAUUGUUCCUGGGAAUGUGGCGCCUCAAUUCAGUCAGGAUAUUCGUAGAAAAUCAUCUAUAAAAGAAGACCAGAAACAAAUUGGCCUGAAUCAAAAUCAAAAUGAUUCACCUCCAAUUGUAAACAGACGUUCAACGUGUGAUAGUAGAAGUGAGAACUCUGACAGUGUGAAACACCUGAGACCUCCAAGAAAAAAUACACAAACGCCUCCUUUGAGACCACGAAAUGAUGAUUUGCUGGAUGCAGAGUUGAAAAAAAUCGAUGUUUAUUUGGGGAUAACCAAACAACCAAAAAAGUCAGAACAUCAUGCAAGUUCUCAUAAGAAGCACAUCCGGCCCCGCACCCAUAGUGAACGAUUUGAAAAAAGCGAAAGAAAGGGUUUUAAGAAUGUGAAACCCUACAAAAAUGACAAAUCAAACAAAAGUGAGGAUUGGUCGAGUGACCUAUUAGAUGUCCAAUCAGCACCUGUAGAACCUCAUCAUUUUACAGAAAAACUUCAAGAUGGUUCCUGCAACAGUUUUCAGAAUAUCUCGAACUAUUCCAAUAAAUCAGACUCGAUUCCAAUUCCAGACAAUUCUUUGUUGGAUAUUUAUGCCAAUUACUCCCCAUAUUGCAAUGUCAACAAUCAAAGUAAACAGAACUCUCCUCAAAGAAGUCACAUAAAGGAGAAGACGCCAUCACCUCAAAUAAGUCAUCCAACAGAAAUUAAAGGGAAAUCAAGAGAAAGGGAUCCAGGCCAAAAUCAAAUUGAAAUUUCAAGAUGUAAAAAUGACUCUAAAAACUUUAAACUGCCAAAUAUCCAAAAUGAAAGUGUUCAGUCAUUAAAAGAAUUCUCAAUGGACAGAGACUUUUCAGGAGAUAAGCAUGGAUUUUUGACAUCCUCAAAAAUGAGCAUCUCAAACAAUGCAGUACCCAUCAGUGAUGCGUUUUCAGACUUCAGCAGUGUGGGUUCUGAUGAUGACAUACUAAGACAGACAGACUCCAAAACUGACCCCAAAAAACCUGCGAGAUCAGAAUCUUCGAUUUCCUUGAAGAGCAAACGUCAUUAUCGAUAUUCCAGUCAAGACAUGAGCAUUUCUGAAACCAUCUCCAGCAUGUCAACGGAUCCAAGAUACCAGAAGAGUCAAAAAACAGAAAUAAAUGAUAUGGAUUACAGGCACAAGCCUCCAAUGCCUCCAAAUCCUUUGGAGUAUCCAUAUUAUCAUCCAGGAAAGUCGGCCCCUGGUCCACCAUUUGAUCCAAGACUCUUCAACCCAUACAUCCCCUUUUACCCUCCCUACAUGUACCCAGCCUACUACCCAGGGUAUGACACCACCCUCAUGGAGCAACAUCAGAAAAUAGAGGAAGAGAGAUGUCACGUCAAGCAGGAAAGGAAGGAAGCAAAGAAGGACCCAGACUCCAACAAAAAAUCUGUCCAGAAAGAAAGCAAAGAUACAGAUCAGCAUGGCCAUAUUCCUAAUCUUAGUCACCUCAUAACUGUACCUUUGAAUAAGAUAACUGAUUUACAACAAGCUCAAUUGCUGCUUCAAUUCGUGGAUCAACUAGUGAGAAAAGUUCCUAAUGCCUCUGGCGCUUAUUACAGAGCUGUUUCCAACCAAGGGGAACCAUCUUUAGAAGUUGGAGCAACUACAGAACCUACUCUACAAAACAAAAACAAAACAAAGUCCCCUGUGAAGUAUCGUCCAUCUUCAUUGCAUUUACAUGAGAGGAGACCAUCAGCCCCCAAUGAUGGAUCAUCCAUGAAGCCACACUACCAGUACCAACCAAGAUAUCCAACUCCUCAAUAUAAUCCAAUGGAAGGUCCUCAGUAUCCUCAUCAAGAUCUUCCAAGCCAAAUCUUACAGUAUCCUGAUGCUGCACUGAAAACUGUUGAAGACAAUAGAUAUCAUGAUUAUAGGAACUAUUGUAAGUUCUUUGGUAUAAAACUGCUUUUAAAUCACUUGCUGUUUUUGUUUUGUGCACCCUUUUUAUUUUGCUAA